AUGGAUAAGGACAACAAGCUCAGGCUUCUCCAAGCUAACCAUCCACCCCCCAACACACAAAAAAAGACUGCCCGGUCACAGAGACCGACUCAAGCAGUGCCAGAUGACAACCCCCCAGACGACGACAUAUAUGUUCCUGAAAGCGAGGACCCAGAGGGUGGGAGUGAGGAUGAAGUCCUCGAUGAGUCGGAUGAUGACAACGCACCAAGACCCACUGGCAAGAAGAAAUCAAAGGGUGAAUUGAGGAAGAGAAUCGAGGCCGCUCGUACGCCAGCAACGCCUUCCAUGGAUGGUAAUAAGCGGAAGGCUGCUGAAGGUCCUGGAGUAGCCAUUUCCGAAACGGCUCAAAAAAAGCCGAAAAAGGUGAACAAGGGCCUCCGGAAUGAUUGGAAUACAAAGGCGACAUCCAACGACAAUGAAGAUCGUCUCCUCACAGAGGUACAACCUUCUCAUCGCUGUUCUGCUUCAGCGAACUCCGGAAUGUCGAUUUCCAGCCUACACGGCGACGUUCCACCAAGUUCUGGUGGGGAGGGAUCAGAUGUGGACCAGAUGGGAGGUGUAAGUGAUGAUGCUGGUGAGUUGGCAGAACACCGUGGACUCGCAGAAAAGUUGAAGGCGACACUGCGACACGGAACAAAGAACACACAGCUGAGCGCUUGA